CACACUUGGAUACCCAAAAUGGAUCUAAUAUCAUCCAAACUCACCUUGGCCCCUUUCCUCAGCCCCAUCCUCGACCCUAUCGACGCAUGGGUGCUUGACUUGGCUGGCCUCACUGGCCUUCACUACACUGGUGUCCGAGUUCUCAUAAUUUACUUGUCAUCAUUCUUCAUAGCACUGGGAUUUAGAAUAAGAUGGAUAAAUAGGCAUUUUUAUGCCAUUUCAGUCGGGUUUGUAAUGCAGUACUUCUUGUUCAGAGAAGGAAUGAUACAUUUCUUAUUGAUGUGUGUUGUGACAAAGAUAUUAAUGCACACGAUUAGUCGCGAAAAACAAGGAUUCAUAAUCUUCGCUGCUGCUAUGUCCCAUUCAACGUUCUACUUAACCCUCGAGUGUAUCUACCGCUACGGAGAUGCGGCGAUCACAUACUGCUUCUACGUAAUGUUCUUGUGCCAGAAGCUGUCAACUCUAGGCUACUGAUACCAAGAUGGCAUGGGCAAGUUUGAUAAAGAACUUAAUGAUCAUACUCGUAACACAUCUGAGUCCAUAUUACUUAGUAACAGAAAGUGUAAAUUGUUCAAGAUACCAACCAUGGUAGAAAUUGUUAGUUAUGCUACAUACCCAUGCACGUGCUACAUUGGGCCCUCGUUUGAGUACAAGUACUAUAUUGACUUUAUCGAUCAAAAGGGGCAGUACCGUAACAUUCCUUUUGACUUUUGGAAGGGCUUUACCAAGUAUAUCAAAGGAAUUCCAUGUUUUGUUAUCCUUUUGGUAUCAGGAAGUAUAGCUUCAAAAGAUCUGUUGGUGUCAGAUGAGUUCGCAGAGAUGAACUUUUUAAAACAGCUGUUUUACUCUUAUAUUUUUGUCAUGAAUUUCAAAUACUCGGCCUUUGCUUGAUGGUUCUUCGCUGAUGGAACAAGUAUCUUGAGCGGUUUAGGUUUUUCAGGGAGAAAAGAGAAAAAUGAAUACAAUAGUGUUAAGGCUUUUAGCUGGGCAAAUAUUGAGCUCGCAACAAGCCCAAGGCAAAUCAUUAACAACUGGAACUUUCAGGUUUCGAAUUGGUUGAGAAAUUAUAUCUACAUCAGAUUUGAAAGAGGAGAUCCAAAGCGUAAAGGGAAAGCCACUCUAGCUGUAUUCCUUAUCUCUGCUCUCUGGCAUGGAUUCUUACCUUGCUACUACAUCUUUUUCUUCUGCCUAGACUUGUUGCUGUCAACAUCGAGGAAGAUACAUAAGCAUGGGGAUAUGUUCGGCUUCAUGCCAAAGAUUCUUAGAAAGGUGUUGGCUACUGUGCUGACUCAUUUCAUGAUUACCCAGCUGGGGUGACUCUACCUGCUUAGGACAGGUGAUAACAUCAUAAAAUAUUGUAGAAGUACCAACUGUAUUGGUCUGAUAUCUUUGGCUGUAGCUUACUUGUUUACUAAAGUAUUCAUGUCCAAAGACCCAAAGAAGAAGAUAGGAAAAGAGGAAAAUGAAACUAAGGAAAAAGAAAAUAAAGAAAAGAAGGAAUAAUUUUUUAAAAAUU